AUGCGCAGACCGGCAAGGUACCUCAAUUUGAGGCGACCCAAACUUCGCCUGUCAUGGAACAAGCACAAUCUAUACAACAUCGCCAAAGGCGUCGGCUCCGUCGACAUGGGGCGUGCCUCGAUGCGAACUUUUUUCCAGCAGAAGUGGGAGGCCAAGUCAACGACGCGCGGUUACCACGGCGAGCACAUACCCGAGAAGAAAUGGAAGCGCAUGUUCACCCGGCAGCUCGCCUCUGUCGUUGAGAUGGACCCGCGCUACCUCGCAGAGCAUGACGGUUCAGAGCAGGCUACCGGCCGUGGAUCGGGCAUGGGAGCACGCCAGGUGGCGGCCGACGACUAUGCGACGUGGUUUCCCCGUGGGCAACGACAGGACGAGGUGGGACACGUCGCAGCGACCAGAGUCGGAUCACAGGUUACUCGCGAGAUGGAACUGGAGCACCGUAACAUUACACCUCUCAUGCAGAUGACCUACGCGCCGGUGGAGCGGAGGCUGGACAUGGCUGUUUUCCGGUCGCUGUUCGCAACGAGCAUUCGUCAAGCGAGGUUGAUGGUCGUCCACGGUGCUGUGACGGUCAAUGGCAAGAAGAUGGUCUACCCUGCCUAUCGCCUGAACCCUGGCGACAUGUUCCAAGUUGACGUGGGCAAAGUCCUCUCCGCUGUCAGCAAACAUAAGAACCCUGAGACGAAGCUGGAAACAGCCAAGGUCGUCAAGAUGCUCAAGAACAACCAGAAACUCUACGACAGCAUGGAGAAGCGGUUACGAGUAUGGAACGACCAAUUCGAGGAGACCGCCAACCCCAAAGCGACAGAGGUGAACGAGGACGGUGAAGAGAAGACUGCAUUCGACGAAGCACAAGUCAUCAAAAAAUUCCGCUACGCCAUCUAUUCACAAGGAAAGGGCAAAGACGGAGCAGCAGCAGCAGAGGCUCAGACCGAGACCCCGGCCGAGGGUGUCGAGGAGGCGGCGGCCGAGGGUGUAGAAGGUGGCGAGAGUGCGGCCAAGCCCAGCGCAGAGAGGCUGUUGUCCAACGAGGAGGGUCAGGAACUCAAGAGGCUCAAGCUCGAGACCGCAUUGAUCGAUGCCAAGCUUCUGAUCCGCGACCAGAGUGAGAAGAACGACCCCCUCUGGCGAGAGUUUAAGCUGCGAAGCUUUAGGGACCAAGUGGGCCGCGCGCUGGACAUGGACACAUCAGCACAGACGAGCACCAAGGAGCUCAUCAGCCAGCUGGAAACCAACAUGAAGAGCUUGAGCAUGCUACACGACGAGAAGUCGCAGAGCUCCCAGGCUGCCAACGCACCGGGGCAGAAGACGCCGCGGCAAUACGCCCAGAAGGCCCUUUGGCUCUCGGGACACACGUCCGAUAGCGACGUCGCCGUAUCCGUCGGCCUGGACAGGCUAUCGGUCAAAGAGUUUAAGGACCUCGCGAGGUUGCUCCGCUCCGAUGCUGAGAACCCCAUUGACGAGCACAAGCCCUACCCCACGCCCUGGGCGCCUCGGCCGUUCAUGAAGCCGUUCGUCUUUGUGCCGCGUUAUCUCGAGGUCAACCACACCACCUGCUCUGCCGUCUACCUGCGUCACCCCGUGGCGAGAAAGGGCAUGGGUGAAGUGCCAACGCCGUUCAACUUCUUCACCAACCAGCUGGCACACAACUGUGGUGCCGGCGCUGCUGCUGGCAACCAGAGUGACUGGUCGCAAGCCCUGCAUCAUCCACAACCAGCCUCGUCUGUCAGCGCAGACACGUCUGCGGCGUCGGCACCCAGCAAAAAGAAGCCAUCUCGCCGACGAACGGGCGCCUCUAGCCCCAAGAGACGAUGCGUCAGUACUGCCUGCAUCGCGUGCCGCAAACGCAAGUCCAAGUGCGAUGGCGCGGUCCCGAGCUGCGCAGCAUGCGCGAGCGUAUACGGCACAGAGUGCAUCUAUGAUCCCAACUCGGACCAUCGGCGAAAGGGCGUGUACAAGGAAAAGGCCGACAGUAUGAAGGCGCGCAAUUCCACCCUGCAGAUCUUGAUCGAGGCGAUCCUGAACGCAUCAGAGGACGAGGCGUUUGACAUUGUGAGGAAGAUCAGGACGUGCGACAGUCUCGACUCGGUAGCAGAGGGUAUUCUGUCUCAAGGCCCUGAGAAUGACCAGAUGCUCUCCGAAGGGUCCGACGACGACGCAGGUGGCGACACCCGUGCCACUGAGACCGGCAACGCCAUUGAUGGUGAGAGGGCGCUCGCCCGCAAGAUGGGCGAGCUGCGUCUGGAGAACGGAUCGGUUCGCUUCAUCGGCGGAACGUCGCAUCUAAUCUAUCUCAGUGAUCCCCAAAGCGGCCUGAGCGACGAGCCCCUGGCUGACGAGUGUAAUCCUGGGGCAGACGCUGUUGCGACUUGGACACGCGUGACGGACGACGCGCCCCUCAUCAGUAUGCUCAUCAACAAGUACUUCAACUACCACUACCCUUACUUCACGACGCUGUCCCGCAAAAUUUUCGAGAGGGACUUCCUCAAAGGAAGCCUGGAGGUGGCGCGGGAACAGAGACAGGGGGCUACCGUCCACUGCUCUGCGCUGCUCGUCAACACCAUGCUUGCGCUGGGCUGCCACUUCACCGACGUCCCGGGCGCCUAUGCAGUCCCCGGAGACAGUCGCACAAAAGGCGACCAUUUCUUCGCGGAAGCCAAGCGCCUCAUCAUCGAGAAUGGCGAGUACGAGCGACCUCGGCUGGUGACGGUACAGGCCCUGGCACUCAUGUCCGUCCGCGAAGCCGGCUGCGCGCGGGAGGCCAAGGGCUGGGUCUACAGCGGCAUGAGCUUCCGUAUGGCGCAGGACAUUGGGCUGAACCUGGAGAUGGACAACAUGGAAAGGGAGAGAAUGCCGGAGCAUGAGGUAGAUGCCCGGCGGAUCACGUUCUGGGGCUGCUUCCAGUUCGACAAGGUCUGGUCCAAUUACCUCGGGCGCUUGCCGCAGUUACCCAAGGGGUCUUUCAACGUGGCCAAAUUCGACGUGUUCCCGGACGAGGACGCUGAGAUGUGGUCGCCUUUCCCGGACACUGGGUUCGACGACGAGUGGGCGCAGCCGGCACGCACUCGAGCAGUGGCUCUACAGCUGUCCGAGCUAUCCGAGAUCAGCAGCGACCUUUUGAUAUUCUUCUACCAUCCCAACCACAUUGGGCGGUCAAGCGGCAAGGCCGUCGAGUUGAAGAAGCUGAGCGAGCUGCAUCGACGACUCGAGGAGUGGCGGCAGAAGUUGCCCAUGGAGCUAGAGGCCAAGGAAGGUCAGCUGCCCAAUGUCAUUCUCAUGCAUAUGUUCUUCCAUCUGCAGUACAUUCACCUCUUCCGGCCGUUCCUCAAAUACGCUCCCUCAGCUUCCCCUCUGCCAGUCCACGUAUCACCUCGCCGCAUCUGCACAGCCAACGCGGGAGCCAUAUCGAAGCUCAUGCGGUUAUACAAGAAGACGUGGAACAUGCGGCAAAUCUGCAACAUUGCCGUGUACAUGACGCACUCGGCGUGCACCAUUCACCUGCUGAACCUGCCCGAGCGUACGGCGCGUCGCGAUAUCAUACACGGCGUGAAACAUCUCGAAGAGAUUGCGGAGGACUGGCCGUGUGCUCGUCGUACGCUAUGCAUCCUCAGCGUCCUGGCUCGCAAGUGGGGAUGCGAGUUGCCCGAGGACGCCGCAUUUGUCUUGCAGAGGACAGACGAAAAAUACGGAUACUACAGCACGUCUGAAGUGCCGUCACCCCAUGGGCAGCAGGGAAGAACGGCAAAUAAUUUCGAAAGGGGUUCUGCUCCACAUGGCGGUCACGCCAGGGUACAUAAUAGUCCUUUGAGUCAACCCCCUCAGCAGGUGUUGACUCAGCAGACACAGGGCCAACCCGUAGACAUGGGCCUGAAUCCUCAGGUCGAGGCGUUGGUGCAGCAACAUCGACAAUCGCGGCCACAGUCCCCUCAGGCCCAAGGCUUACCUCAGGACAUGGGGUUCUCUACGCCAUCACCAUUGGCAUCCUGGCCCACUGGACUGUCGCCCGUCAACGAUGCCCGUUACGCUGGAUUCGCAGCGAAUACACGCACGCCGGAGGACCAGGAGCCGCCAGCUGGAGUGGUCAUGGCAACAAGUCGUCCUCAAAUGUCCCCGGCGGGUGUGAGCAUGGACGGCCACGACUGGUUCCUCAACGAUAGCGCUCGCUGGCAACAAAGCUUUGAGACCUGGAACUUGGGUGCUGGCGGACCUCUGCCCCCCGGCCAGCCUGACGCCGCAAGCGGUGUCUACGUCUUUGGGGACGUCACCGGUGGCGGUGUCGUACCAGAUGGCGGGCAGGGCCAGCUUCAGCAGCGAUCAACACCGCACGGUGACGAGGUCGAGGGCGCCUUUGACGGCCUGGGGGCUUCGCUGAACGGCGGUGGGUGGUUACCGGGGUUGGACUGA